GUCUAAUAAUUAGCUGGAAGCUGCUGCAGUGCUGUUGCUAGCGCAUUAGCUACUGUUUCUGUAUUGUCAUGUAACGAAUAACCUGUGCCCUUAAAAAUAGAGGCUCUCAUAGUUUGUUUUCCCGUAUCCACCUGUGGGGACUGUCAGAAAAUAGAAAUCAGAGAGCCGAAGAGUGAGAUGAAAUGACAACGUCAACAUUACAGAAAGCAAUUGAUCUUGUCACCAAAGCCACAGAGGAGGACAAGGCAAAGAAUUAUGAAGAGGCCUUGCGCCUGUACCAGCAUGCUGUGGAAUAUUUCCUACACGCCAUCAAAUAUGAGGCCCACAGCGACAAGGCAAAGGAGAGCAUACGAGCCAAAUGCAUGCAGUACUUGGACAGAGCGGAGAAACUGAAGGACUACCUGAAGAAUAAAGACAAACAGGGCAAGAAGCCCGUCAAGGAGGCACAGAGCAAUGACAAGAGUGACAGUGACAGUGAGGGCGAAAAUCCAGAAAAGAAAAAACUGCAGGAGCAACUUAUGGGUGCUAUUGUGAUGGAGAAACCAAACGUUCGGUGGAACGAUGUAGCUGGACUGGAGGGAGCAAAGGAAGCUUUAAAGGAAGCGGUCAUCCUCCCCAUUAAAUUCCCUCAUCUCUUCACUGGGAAGCGAACUCCAUGGAGAGGAAUCCUGCUGUUUGGUCCUCCAGGAACUGGAAAGUCCUACCUCGCCAAAGCUGUGGCCACCGAGGCCAACAACUCCACCUUCUUCUCUGUGUCCUCCUCAGAUCUCAUGUCCAAGUGGCUGGGAGAAAGCGAGAAACUGGUGAAAAACCUGUUCGACUUGGCUCGCCAACACAAACCCUCCAUCAUCUUCAUCGACGAGGUGGACUCGCUGUGCGGCUCCAGGAACGAGAACGAGAGYGAGGCAGCUCGUCGCAUCAAGACAGAGUUUCUGGUCCAGAUGCAAGGUGUGGGCAACAACAACGAUGGUGUUUUAGUGCUUGGAGCCACCAACAUCCCCUGGGUGCUUGAUGCAGCCAUCCGCAGAAGAUUUGAGAAGAGGAUUUACAUCCCUCUGCCGGAGGAGCCGGCUCGGGCUCAGAUGUUCCGCCUCCAUCUGGGCAACACGCCACACAGCCUGAGCGACGCCGACCUGCGGGAGCUCGCACGCAAAACGGACGGCUACUCGGGCGCAGACAUCAGCAUCAUCGUCAGAGAUGCUCUCAUGCAGCCCGUCAGGAAGGUCCAGUCAGCGACUCACUUUAAAAAGGUUCGUGGUCCGUCCAGAAGCAACAACCAGGUGAUGGUGGACGACCUCCUGACCCCGUGUUCCCCUGGUGACCCCGCGGCCAUAGAGAUGACCUGGAUGGAUGUGCCUAGUGAUAAACUCCUGGAGCCCAUAGUCUGCAUGUCGGACAUGCUGCGUUCUUUGUCCACCACCCGUCCAACAGUCAACACCGAAGACCUGCUGAAGGUCAAGAAGUUCACAGAGGACUUUGGGAUGGAGGGCUGAGAAACCCCGCCCCCUUUUCUUGUCUCAUCCACCAUAAGGCUCCAGUAACGACGCUCCCCGCCCUCGCCUCCUCACCCGUUUCAUCAUUGCUGUGUAAUCUCUCAGCUGGACUCUUGGUUUUCUGCCUUUCAUGGAUGUAAAAAGAAAGGAAAAAUCUUAGUUCGUGACUUCUACCCACCCUGGCCAGGAUUUUAAAAUCCCCCCGCAGGAAGCUUUACUGAAAGCCACGUUAGAAAAUCUGAUUCUGUAGUUGGACAGUAACUCUUGCCCCUCCCUCCCAGAAUCUUCACUACAUGAACUCUGCUGCGUUUCACGUGAGGAAAUACGUCAAGUUUUCCGUCUCUGAGCCGAUUCCGUCUCUGCCUGAAGGACUGUAUAUUUUGUUGCCGUUGUGCACUUUGCUUUCCAGACGUUUGAUGAGGCAACAGAAGUUUGUUCUCCACCAGGCAUGCAAGCGUGUGAGUGCAUCUAAGUGUUUUUACCAAACUGUGUGUCCUAAUGUUUAAUGUUAGAAGCCUGGUGUUUUAUUUAAUGUCCAGUUAAAAUAAGUGUGUCUGGAUCAGGACUGAACCUCCAAGGUAGAAACAAUCUUGACUGAAGGAUUUUCAAAAUAAGAGAUGUGCUUGACUGAUAACUUAACUCAAUCCAAGCAAAGACUUUAAUCCCAUUAUGAGUUGGAUAAAUUUUGUUUUUGUCCUCCAUCACAGGGAAACGAAAAUCACCAGCUUUUUGUAAGAAACUCAGAUAUUUGAAUCCUAAAUUUGAGGAAAACGUUGCAGUUCAGAAGAAUUUAUCCUGGAGUUUUAGUUCACAUCAUGCCUUUCACCGAGCAUGAAAACUUUAAUGUUWACAUUUAAGUGUUCAGGCUGAAUUUACCACCAACAGUUUUCUCAUCUAAUCAUUUGGUUUUUUAUAAGAACACAAAAAUAGUUUAAGUUUGGUUCAAAUAAGCUAAAACCUCCAGUUUAUUCAGAAACUUGGAGUCUGAGAUGAAAAAAUGUUUUCUUUUAUCCAGCAGCUGUUUUAGUKUAAAGUUAAAAGAAGAGCUUUAAAAUAGGAAUAAAAACUCCACAAGAACCAAUUUUAAACCUCAUUUUUUUGCUGCUCAUUAAAAAAACUGUAAUUAAUUUGUUCUAAUCAGAAGUUAUAUUUAAAUUUGUCUCCAUCUUAUUUAUUAUGUUUACCUCAGUCAGGCACAUCUCUUUCUGCACAUAGAAUUCAGUGUUUUAUUUAUUACUAUUUUGUCACAUUUUCCACGUAAACAGUCGAGCUGCAGCACGUUUACACUUGAAGUAUUACCUUUCUUGUAGCGAGAGGCUUGAUUGUUUCUUUUUGCUUUYGGGAGACAAAUCUUCACUCUAACUUCCCUUCAGACGCUACAGUUUUAGUUUUAUUACUGUUCAGAUUUCAGACGGCUGAUUGGAAGGCGAUGUGUGCGGUUUGUUCCGACUGAAUCGGCGAUAAGAUUUGUGAUCAGUGCAGCUGUGUGUUUGUGGAGGUACUGUUGGUUCAGCAGGAGAUUAGUUAACGUCCCUGUGUGAGGAUCUAACCUGCUGCUGGACGUGUAAUCAUUACUAAUUUAACCUGAAUUAAUAAAAACUGACAUUUCAAAUGAA